CAAGAAUCAAGGCACACGAGAGUCAGAGGCUCUGUCUGAAAAGGAAAACACGGCAACAGGAAGGAAAAGGGCAAAGCCAGAAGAGGAAGAUCGACCAGCCAAGAUUUCUGGCAUAAACUACAAGGUAAUACCUAACCUUUCACUCGUAUGCAUGUUGGGUUAAACCCUCCUCCUAGCCAUCAUCGACAUCACACCUCCACCUACUACUUACCUACUCACUCUUCUUCUUCGUUCCUCUCCCACACUUCCUCCUCCACUCUCUCACCCACCCACUCCAGCCCUCGCGCGACCAUCCUCAAUCCCCUCAUCCUACCUCUACAUUGUCUCAUCCACUGCGCAUGCGACCUACAACGGCAAUCCGCGACCCCUACCCGCGUCCGCCCGCCCGCAUAACCUCCACCCAGCAACUCAUGACAACCGCGUAGCCAUCUUGCGUUCGCAUCUUGCCUCAAUCUAUCAUGUCCUUGUGACACGCCUUAUCUCUCUGACCCCC